GACACCGACCGGAGUGGCACGCUCACAGCGACAGAACUCAAGAAGAUGAUCAGGAAGGAGCUGCGUAUCACAACUGCGUUGGUCAGCGACCGCGAUGUGGAGGAUUUGGCGGCGGCCUUGGACGGAGAUCACACAGGCAACAUCAGCAUUGAGGAGCUCCUCUCGUUCAUCGAACGUGGCAGCGCGACCUUCUUCCGUGACACGUCCUCCACCAAGGAGACAUCGCAGAUGGAGGACAGCAGUGUCCGCGACCAGGAAGUUCCGAAGUCUCGCGACAGCACCCACAGCGAUGACGACGACGACACCGAUGCAUCUGAGAAGAAGGCACCUGCUGCCGCUCCCCGACCGUCCAAGAGCGUCUUGGCCUCCACCCGGGAGCCUUACAAUCGCUUCGUCUACCGGCCCCUGACCCCACCUCAAGGAGGAAGCCUCAUCACUCUGAGCCCACUUUCUUCUCGAGAGCACCGGGCUCGCAAAGCGAGCCUGGUUAGCCGGCCAAAGGAGCCGCAGCGCAGGGGAGAACCCCGGAAGAAAGACGCGGAGAAGGCGCCCGAGAGCACAGGGCCGGCAAAGACGACGCCGCCCGUGGCGCUUCACACUGGCGGAAGUGCUUACUGGUUGCGUGGCCUGUCCAGGGCGCGAGGGAAUCCUAUGCUGCCGCCGCAGUCGGCACGCGGAGCACACUCUCGUGGGGCCAGGCCUCAGGGAUCCGGCCGCGGCCUCCCAGCCGUCAGGGCGCCGAAGGCUGGACCGCCAAACACAGGUACCUCCAAGCCGUCGGAAGCGUCUCAGAAAAUGGAGCAGGUUGAUCCCGCUUGA